AUGCCACCACCCAAAAAGGUUGACAAAGGGAUCGUUUCCCUCGACCGGGAAACUCCCAUUCAGGAGGAGGUCAAACCGCUGAUAGAAGACAUCCUGAGGACAAAGUACUGCGUUCAGGGGUCGGUGUUUCUUGUGGAGGGGAUCGACACGGUGAGGGUGGUUGGUGGGGCGGGGAAGAUGGUGAGGUUGCUGUUGGGGGAUGGGAAGCUGGUGAUUCAGGGGUUUGUGAAGGGGGUUAUGCACUGGGUUGUGGAGGGGGGGAAGGUUUUUGAGGGGGGGUAUGUCAGGUUGGAUAAGUUUGAGGUGGUUGAGAUCGAGGGGGAGAGGGUGUUGGUGAUUGGGGAUUUGAGGAUUGUGGGGUGGGAUGAGGGGUAUUUGGGGGUUUUUUUUGGGGAGGGCAGGGAAGAGAAAGAAGGCGGG